UCAGUAAUGGUAACACACUAAUUCAAAACAAAGUUAGAAAAUGUCUAUGAGAGAAAUAGAUUUAAAUGAAAAUAUUAUCAAUUCUAAUGAAGGCAACCAAGAAAGACAAGAAUAUUAUAUACCAGAUUUGAAUGCUAAUAUAGAAGAGUUAGAUGUUGGUUUCAUUCAAAGUCCAUCCACUUCAAUACUUCAAUGUUCUUCAUCAAGAGGUUGUUUACCUUUUGACUUAAAUGAUGAGCCAGUCAUGGAAGAUGAUGAACAAGUAGGAGACAUAAUGCAACAAUCAAAUUCAAAUAACAGUGAGUAUCCAUCAGAUUCACGUUCUUCAUCACAAUCUUUUGACUUCAAUGAUGAUGAGCUAGAAGACAUAAUGUAUCCAUCAGAUUCACAUUUGGAAGAAGAUAGUGUCGAUGAUGUUACAAGUUCACAAGUAACACAAGCACCAACAAGAAAGAAAAGUUUGUGUAAUGAGGAUAGAAUGGCGAUAUAUAAUACUCUUUUGGGUAAGAGUGUUGAAGGAAGACUUAUAAGAGGGGCCAUUGAUAUGGUUAAAUCACAAUUUUCAGUUUCAAGAUCCACUAUUCAGCGUAUUUGGAAACAAGGAAGAAAUUCUGGUGUCUAUGUUGAUGUUUCCCACAAACUAACUAAAAAUGUUGGUCGUAAGAGAAUUCAAGUUGAUUUUAAUCGACUUCGUGAUAUUCCUAUGCGUAAAAGGACGUCUAUUAGAUCAACUUCUAGUGCAAUGAAUAUGAGUAAGAGCACUUUGCAUAGGUAUCUAAAGAUGGGAGUUUUACGAAAGCAUUCAAAUGCCGUGAAGCCUUUUUUAAGGGAAGAGAACAAAAAAUCUCGAUUGCAAUUUUGUAUAUCAAUGCUUGAUGCUAGUUCGCUGCCUCAUGAUCCAACUUUUUUAGGGAUGUAUAACAUCAUUCAUAUAGAUGAGAAAUGGUUUCAAAUGACAAAGAAGUCCCAGAAUUAUUAUUUGCUACCAGAUGAAGAAGAUCCAUUACGCACUUGUAAAAGUAAAAAUUUUAUUGGAAAAGUUAUGUUCUUAGCCGCUACAGCCCGUCCAAGGUUUGAUGCAGAGAAACGUGUACUAUUUGAUGGAAAAAUUGGUAUAUUUCCUUUAGUCACAGAAGAGCCGGCUAAAAGGAGUAGUGUUAACAGAGCAGCUGGAACACUAGAAACCAAACCAAUAACUUCAGUUACUAAACAAGUGAUAAGGUCAUAUAUGAUUGAAAAGGUUUUACCUGCCAUCAAGGAAAAAUGGCCAAGAGAGGAUAGAUGUUAUCCAAUUUUUAUUCAACAAGAUAAUGCAAGAACACACAUUGAUAUUAACGAUGAAGAAUUUUGUCGAGCAGCUUCACAAGAUGGAUUUGAUAUCCGCUUGAUGUAUCAACCGGCAAAUUCUCCAGAUUUAAAUGUGUUAGAUCUUGGAUAUUUUAGGGCUAUUCAAUCAAUACAACAUACGGAGUCGCCUAACUCUAUCGAUGAACUUGUGAAAGCUGUUGAACAUUCAUUUGAAAUAUUUUCACCAUGGAAGUCCAAUCGAAUUUUUUUAAGUCUGCAGAUGUGUAUGAUCGAAAUCAUGAAGAAGAGAGGUUCCAACAAAUUUAAAACUCCACAUUUAAAGAUAGAAAGUUUGGAACGUCGAGGACAACUCCCAACCCGAUUGAAAUGUGAUGCAGCAUUAGUGCAAGAUGUGCUCAAGUAUUUAGAAUAAUUUUAUGUUAAUCACCGU